AUGGCUGUGGGUAACUCAGAGUCUAAAACUACCAUUAAAAGGUCCCGAAAAGGAUGCCAUAAUUGUAAAAGACUAAAGAUAAAGUGUGAUGAGGAUAAACCCAAGUGUUCGUAUUGUGUUAAAACAAAUAGUGAUUGUGACUAUUCAAUAAAAUUAACCUGGGGAGGUAGACCAUAUAAAGAUGUUUCCAAACGAAAAAAUCCUUUUGAAACGGUUAUUUCAACCAAUCCACAAUCUCCAUCGAUCAAGAAGACUAAAAAGACCAAAACGAAGUCCGGAGGAGGUGUUAAAUUUGUUAUGGACAAAAAUUCUGAUCUGGCUUUCAGUACCCCCAGGUCCUUACCAUUGGGGAUGAGUGAUAGUAUAGUUAGCUUAGACCUCCUGGAACUGGGAAAUAACAGUUAUAAUAGUUUGAAUACUGGAAGUUUCAACACCACUAAUAGUUUGGCUGAAUCUUUACAGCCUUCUAACUCCAUAGGUUCAGAACCGAAUUUUAUGUCAAGUGCUUUAAGAACCACAAUUUCACAAUCAGAUUCCAACUUCGAAAUCAAUGGGAUGAUGAGUAAAUCUAGUCAGAUGGGUUCAGAGAAAACUGUAGAAGAAUUAGAUGGAAAGACAAAAAUCAAAAAUGAACCUAUAUUUGGAAACUCACCUGGAUUAUCGGAAUUUAUAACUCAAGACAACGACAUUCCAGUUUUAUCACCAUUACCACCAUUUUCCAACCCUAAAAUAGCUUCGGAGUACAAUUCCGUCAAUGGUUAUUCACCUCAAAACAUCAUAGCUGAUGAUUUCGCUAAACCUAAAUUUUCUCCAUCCAGUCAGCAUCAUUCAAAUUAUAAACCUGAUAGCAGGAAAGAUUCAUUCACUUCAUUGGUCAAUUCCUUCCCUUAUUUGUCUAGCGGGAUUGAAAAUCUUUCUAAUGCCCUCGAAAAAGUUGCUGAUGGAGGUAAUCAAUUCAGUUUACAAAAUUCCGAAAUUUUCAAUAAAUUCUUGAAUUCAAUAGAAGAUAGAAAGAGUCCAAUAUCAUUUGAAAAUUCUCCAAAUUAUUCCAUUUUAUCACCAGAAUUGAAUAAACUGCAGAUAUCUAAAAUUGAUGAUGAAUUUAUCAACAAUUAUUCAACAGAUUUAGCUAAAAGUGAAGCUUACGUAUUGAAUAGUAGAAAGAAUGCAUUCCGUCAAGAAUCACCGGUUUCAAUAUUUGAGAUAGCUUCAUUAAUGAAAAACUCCAAUAAAAUCAAAGACAUCCUGGAUAAUGAUGAUAAUGAAUUACCAUUAGACUAUGAGAAUAGUCCUAGUUCUUCAAUAAGUUCAACUUUCAUCAAUGGGUUGGAAUCAAUUCCUCCUCUGUUAAUCCCAUUACCUGAAUUAUUGAAUCAAGUGCCAUAUUAUCGACAAUUAAUGCAUUUCUGGGUUAAUACAGCAGCUGAUAAUUUGGUUCCAGCACCAAAACAUAUUUAUCAAGAUAAUCCUUUCAAGGUUUUAUUACCCCAAAUGGCAAUGGAAUAUCCUGCCAUUUUAACCACUAUAUUAGCAUUUGCAGCUAAAUCCAUGUCAUCCAUAACGAGAAGUGAAGCACCUACGGAAAUUGUUGAUCAAUUGAUUGCCAGAUCUUGUAAUAUGUUAUUGAAAAUGUUGAAAGAUAAAGAUGAAGCCACAUCUGAUGGAACGUUAGCUACAGUUUUAUUAUUAUCAUGUUAUGAAGUGUUGAGUACAAAUGAUUUUGCUAAACAUAGAGCUCAUACUUUAGGAGCUCGUCAAAUCAUCAAGGCUAGAAGAUUAAAAAAUAAACCAACUUUCAUUGAAUUUGAAACUAAAUUGAAUGAUUCCCCUGAUUCCAAUUCACUGUCCAGAGAUUCAAUUGCUGGAACUGAAGGUGAUGUUACAUUUUUUUUGAUGAGAUGGUUUGUUUAUGUUGAUGUUAUUGGAGCUUUAUCUGCUACUACUCAAUCUGAAUACUAUUUAUCUCAAAAUGAUGGGAAUGAAACUAAUUACCUUCCAGCAGAAUCAGUCAAUAAUUUAAAUUCUAUGGAUUCAGCAUUACAUAACAUUGACCCAAAAAGAGAUAUCGAUUAUGUGUUAGGAUUUGAUGUCAAGUUUUUACCUCAUUUGAGUAAAACUGUGAUGUUGAUCAGACGUGUUAAUGAAUAUUUAGAUGAAGAGAAUAAGGAUGUUCUUCCAAUAGACAUUUUAACUGAAGCAUUAGAAGUAAAAUCCAAGUUAACCAAAGCUUAUGAAGAAGGAGAAGCUAGAAGACAAGAAAGAAUCGACAAAAUUAGUAAUUUUGAUACCAUAGAAACCAGUCCAAGAGAAUUAUCUAAGAAACAUAAGAGAGUUAGUCGAUUAAUCCAACAAGAUAAUGUUUUAAGAUGUACUAACAAAUUAUUCUAUAAUAUGGGACUUUUGAAUCUUUACAGAAGAGUGCUUCAGAUUCCUCGAUCAUCAUUAAUAGUUCAAGAAUUGGCUAAUGAGAUAGGUAAUAUCCUAGCAGGAAACAUCGAAUCUGGAUCAUCCGCAGAAAUUUGUUCUAUUUUCUGUUUAUUCUGUGCUGGGUGUGAAACAUUAGACCAUGACAUGAGAGAAUUAUUCAGUGAUAGGUUCACUAAAUUAUCAGAGAUGGGGAAUGUAUUGGCAUUGAAAAGUUUCAAAAUUAUGCAAAGAUGUUGGCAAUCUGGUGAAGACUGGAUUCAAGCAUCAAAAACUUUAGAUAUCGAUAUUACUUUACUUUAA